CAUGUACACUGUACUUCGAAGUAAAUUGUUUGUACAAUCAGUUAAAAACCAAAAUGCACGCUUUGGUUGCAGUUUUACUAUUUUCUUUUUAUUUCAUUGAAGUAAAUUCCCAACAGAAAAUUUAUUAUAUUGCAGCUGAAGAAAUCUUGUGGGAUUAUGCUCCAAGUGGUCGGAAUCUUGUAUCACCAACUGAGAGUGACCUCAGAGAACAGAACAUAGAACAACACGUUUACAAUAAAAUUAUCUACAAAGAAUACACAGAUCGAUAUUUCAAUAUCACCAAAGACUCCCAAGAAUAUUUAGGUUUUCUUGGACCAAUUCUAAGAGUUGAAGUUGGAGAUGAACUGAUUGUUAUUUUCAACAAUACCGCAUCACAUAGCCUUAGUAUACACCCGCACGGAGUACCUUACACUAAAGCAAAUGAAGGUAGUGCAUAUGAUGGCCAAACCGGUGUUUCACCGGGUAGUAGCUACAGAUAUUCUUGGAACAUUACAGAAGAGAGUGGUCCACAAUUUGGGGAAGGAUGCAUUUCCCAUCUAUAUCAUUCAGAUGUCGAUUUUAUCAAAGAUGUCAACACGGGUUUAUUUGGUUUCAUCCUAGUAUGUUCUAAAGACAAAGUUGUGAAGAAAGACGACGAUGCCUUCUUUUACUUCGGAGAAAUUGACGAAAACCUGAGUCUGCUUGCUAAUGAAACUAAGGACGAAUCGAACACGCUUCACAACAUAAAUGGUUUCGUGUAUGCAAAUUUGCCAGAUUUAACGUUCUGUGCUGGUGCCAAGACAAGAUUGCAUAUAGCAUCACUCAGUAGAACAGAUGAUGUCCACACUGUCAAGUUCCAUGGACAAUCAUUUAAAUUCAGAAACAAGAGGUAUGAUACGCUUCCAGUAUUUUCUGGUGUUUCUCUUACAGCGGAAAUUGCUCCAUCUGAGGAAGGAAAAUGGCUGUUUUCAUCAACAUCUGCAUAUCACAUUAAAGGUGGAAUGCAAGCACUGGUCACUAUUAAAAAAUGUGACAACCCCAGACCAAUUAUAGAUACUUCAACAAAGAUAAGAAAAUAUUAUAUUUCUGCUGAAAGCAUGUCUUGGAAUGGACAAUUGAGGAAUAGUUUGUUUGCUUAUACAAACAGAAAGUUCGAUAAAGAAGUCCAAAGAAGUGAAAAAGAAUCCUAUUUGGGGACAGUUUUUGGUCCAGUGAUAAAAGCUGAAGUUGGAGAUGUAAUCAAAGUAGUAUUUUAUAAUAAGUUAAACAAGACUCUAGCAAUCAAACCAGCUGGACUUAGGACUAAUAAAGAAUAUGAAGGAUUAAUCUAUAACGACAAUGUAUCUGGUAAGAUACAAACAGCUCCAGGAGAAAAGAGAACAUACUACUGGUUCCUACCUGAAUUCUUUGGUCCAGUAAUUGGCGAAGAUAUGUGUAUCCCGCGUUAUUACUAUGUAGAUCUAGAUCGGGAACCAACAAUGGUGGGAUCUAUACUGAUCUGUCAACAAUAUGCUUUAGACCACAAUGAUAACCAGGUAAUUGGCGGGGAAGAUUUCUUUCUUUUCGUACUUCCUAGUAUUGCCAAUACCACGGACAUUAAUGGAUUGAGCAAAAAAAUGUUUCCAACACUGCAUCUAUGUACUGGAGAGACGAAUAGAUUCCAUUUUAUAACACUUACAAAUCAACCUGUGACACUUAUCAGUAAAAGUGAUCCAUUUGUCAAGGACGGUUCCUCAAUGUCAGCUGUUGGACUGAUACCUCACCUGCCAACUUCGGUGACACUUCAACUAGCUCAAGAGGGAGUUAAAGAAGUAAAUAGUUUUCCCGAUGAAAUAUUAGGGUUUUCCCUAAAUGUCAGUCGUUGUGGACGUAGUAUAACAAAUGAGGAGGAUUUCAAGGAAAUCGAAGAGGUGACGUAUCUAGGGAUCAUCAAGGAUAGAUGGGAUUAUGUUGACAGAAGAUAUCGUACAAAGUGGAAACGAUUUCAAACGGGGGACAUGAAGAUGUCUCCUAGAUACAUUAAAGCAAUGUUUGGAUAUCUUUAUCCCAAUUCAAAUCGCUUGGACUUUACAAGGAGACUUAACUAUCAAGGAUAUGUAGGUCACGUGUUUUAUACCAGUGUUGGAGAAAGUCUGAAAAUAAACAUGAAAAACAUUGCUGACAGAAAUUUCUCUAUUUAUGUGCCUGGUGUAAUAGCAGAUUUUACCGAUUUUUUAUCGCCAAAAAAUACUAGAAAUAUUACCUGGAAUAUUCCACGAAGUGCUGGUCCUGGAUCGGGGGAUGCAGAAUGCAUUGCAAAGACUUACUUUUCAACCCUGGAUAUUGAAAAAGACAUAUCCACUGGUUUGAUAGGACCAAUUAUUAUAUGUAAUAAAGGAGUGAAGGCUGCAACUGACUUCAAACAUUCAAUAAUUUUCUUUGGUGAAGUGGAUGAGUCGAUGAGUUGGUAUUUUAAAGAAAAUGUAAAGAGAUAUGGUCCUGGGUCUAACACAAACUUAAAUGACACAGAACUAAUCAACAAUAAUAGAAUUAAAGUCGUCAACGGUAUGAGCGAAGGCACUCUUCCGGAAAUCAGCUACGAAGUUGGAAAAUCACAAUUCAUACAUUUCUUCAAUAUUGGUUUCAGGUUCCAAUCUAUACAUAUGUCAGGUGUUGCGUUUUCAAAAUCCAGUAGUUUCUAUGUUGGAUAUGACGUCAUAGCAUUACACCCGGGAACAAGUGCGUCGGUCAAAGUUACACCGAAAAUAAGUGGAAAAUGGAGACUUAUGGGUUAUACAACAGAUAUGCACUGGAACAAAUUUUCUGCAACAAUGAACGUUCCGUCGAUUACAGGAGGCGCAAACUAAUUUUAUGUUUUACUUGUAAGAAAUGUAAAUAGGGCUAAAUCUAAAUGCGACAAAAUACAAUGCCUAACCUCAAUUUAAAUUUUGCAAGAUUAUUAGAUCGUUCUAAGUGUAUAUGAAUGUACAGUGUUAGGAUUUUCUUUCCACAGUUAGAAUAAAGUUUGUUCGAAUGGAUACGAAUUUUUCAAUUGUAAAUAAGUAAUCCAGUGACUUUUUAAACCAUAGAGUUCCAGAGUAACACAGGAUUUGUUUUAUGAUUAACAUUCAUCUUUAUAUCAUUUGAUCCACACUUCUAAGUUGAGGCUAAUGCCAUUCAUGUGCUGCAAAAAAACUUAUCUUUCAAAAUAUAAUAUACUCGGCAUGUAUUUAUGCCUUUAAAAUGUUUAUGUUUGUGUAUAUUAUCCUUUGUUUUAUUUGCUUUAUUUUAUUGUAUAUGUAAUGUUUUGUACGAUCAAAUGAUAACCAUUGUUUCGUGUAUUUGAGAUAGUAUGCAAGACCUUGAAGCCUGUAAAAAGUUAUACAAUAAUCGUAAAGUGAAUUAGCGAUUUUUUCAAAUUUGAAAUUGACCAAAAAUAUAUUUUAGUGUUAUUAUAUUGAAAUCUGUUCCAAUCACUUUAUUAUUUUUGACAUUAUUAACAGUAAAAUAAGAUUCCACAGCAUGUCCCACAAAUGCACGUAAUAUUGUAAGUAUACUGACACGAACCUCUUUACAGACAGUAAUCUUUCCAUUUUAUUAUUCUUUAUAAUUGAAAAAAAAUAAAUUGUGCACUUACUAGAAAUGUAUCUGAAGCAGAUGAUGCAAAAACUCAUUGCAAUAUCAACAACAUUGUUUUCCGAAGAAAGAACUGAAUACCAGUUCUAGUCGAGAGUUUACAUUUUCACAAUGAGUGUUGACAUUUUGCUUGAAUUCCAUUUUCUUUUUUUUUUCUUUUUGAAAGCCUUAUCUGUGCUUAAAUUGUCACAAUAUUUUCAAACUAUUUCAAAACACAGGGUUAGAUUUACAUUCAAACAUUUACCACGCGAUUUAAACUAUCUGGAAACUAGCAGUUGAAGUGUAUUUCAUAUAAAAAAAAAUAGCCAUACUUUUAGUAUUGGCUUUCGAACUUUUACUUGAUGAGCAUGCAAAAAAGCCUUGCCUUUUGACUUUGUCAAGUUUUCAAUAUGCAAAAUUGCAUAAUUUUGGAGAGAAAAUAUCAAGAGGGAAAUCGAAAUAAUUCUAAUAAUAACAAACAACACCAUGACAAAAACAAACCAACGUGCUUGUGAAUGCCCAAGCGUAGGUGUUACAUUCAUUUUGUAGUGGGAACUUAAAAUUAAAUAAUUAAAUAUUGCAUUGUAUAAAUCAUUGAAAUGAACUGCUAUGAAUAUGAGAUAUAUCUUCCUUUGUUCAUAAUUGUGGUUGAUUGAACUACAAUUAUCGACAAAAGACGAUAGCUAAAAUUUUAAUACUAGUUUAACAAUGACAUCAUUGAUUAUUUUAGAACAGAUAUUCAUGCACCAUGCACAAUUUAUGUAAUUUUCUUGACAAUUAUACACAUACACACCAUUUUGAAACUUGAAGAUCUGAGUUUAUAUUUCAUUGAUAAAUUCUUCAAAUAUUCAUUGAAAUGAUAUGUAGAAUGUUUUGUUAAA